AAACGUCAAAAUCGCGUGCGACUGCGAUUCGUGUCUGUAAACAACGUUCAAGCGCGAUUGAUUGACUAGCAUUUUAUUCAUUAAUUUCACUGCAAAAUCUUGGAAAUUUAAGCAAAAAGGCAAUUUUGUACCUUUAGUGAACAAGUAGUGAAAUAAGUUAAUUGUUAUUACUUCACAAACUUUUGUUCCGACGCGACCGGCCUUCCGGAAAAGUAACCUCAAUCUGCACAACUGAUCAUCAGCCAGCACAAUGUCCGGAAUUCUGUUUGAGGACAUCUUCAACGUCAAGGACAUGGAUCCGGAAGGCAAGAAAUUCGACCGUGCCAGCCGGUUACACUGUGAAUCGGAGUCCUUCAAAAUGGACCUGAUUCUGGACAUCAACUCUUGGCUGUACCCGAUGGAGCUGGGGGACAAAUUCCGUCUGGUUUUGGCCACGACUCUGCACGAAGAUGGAACACCUGCAAGUAUGGAGUACAAUGCCGCGGAAAUCGAGGGAUCCCGUGCGGACAGUUUCGAGUACGUAAUGUUCGGGAAGGUUUACCGGAUCGAAGGAGAUGACGCUCAGCUGGAAUCGGCCAACAGACUUUCGGCAUACGUUUCGUUCGGCGGAUUACUGAUGCGACUCCAGGGCGACGCCAACAAUCUGCACGGCUUCGAAAUCGAUCAGCACAUGUACUUGCUGAUGAAGAAGUUGGCUUUCUAGAAACGGACUAAAUAUAAUUCUUUAAUAUUAACGAAA